GCUCCGCGGCCACGUGACUCGCGGCCGGGCGGGGACGCGAAGGGAGCAGCGUCGGGGGCCGCGGGCAUGCAGCAGAGGUGGGUCUUCGUGCUGCUCGACGUGCUGUGCUUGCUGGUCGCCUCCCUGCCCUUCGCUGUCCUGUUGCUGGUGAACGCCCCAUAUAAGCGGGGAUUUUACUGCGGGGAUGACUCCGUCCGGUACCCCUACCGUCCAGACACCAUCACCCAUGGGCUCAUGGCCAGGGUCACCAUCACGGCCACCAUCAUCCUUGUCUCGGCGGGAGAAGCCUACCUGGUGCACGCCGACCGACUCUAUUCCCGCUCCAACUUCAACAACUACGUGGCUGCGGUGUGCAAGGUGCUGGGGACCUUCCUGUUCGGGGCAGCCGUGAGCCAGUUUCUGACGGACCUGGCCAAGUACACGUUCGGCUGCUUGCGCCCCAACUUCCUGGCCAUCUGUGACCCCGAGUGGGGCCGGGUCAACUGCUCGGUCUAUGUGCAGCUGGAGAGCGUAUGCAGGGGAAGCGCUGCUGACGUCACCAGGGCCAGGUGGGUGUGGACGAGCCUUCCCUCUGGGGGGCAGUGGGAGCUGAAGAAGCCCCAGAAGCCAGAUGGUGAGGAGCCAGCAGGCAGGUGGUCAGGCAGGAGCAGGGCCCCAGGGCUCCCGGUGGCCCGCAGACAGCAGGAGGCCGGGGGGAGCGUGCUCUGUCUGCCCUGAGUCUCAGCCCUGCCCCCUUCUGCGCUGUCUUCUUACCAUCUCUACUGAUAGGUCCUUAAACGUUUCAACUCAUCGUUGUCCUUUUUAAAAAAUCAAUAUUGACUGACAAGCCUAGGGUAAGGUCAGACCAAAAAAAAUAAAUAAAUAAAAAUAAAAUUUGUAUAAGAUAAAAGUCA